AACUAAGUGAGUUUUUUUAAUUAUAUAAAAUAUUUUCAAGUUCUUCGAGUGUCUUAAUAUUAGAAAGUUUAACAAAAAUGGCAUAUAGUUGGGACAACCGAGUUACAUUUUUAAUUGAUCAUUUAUAUGAUGUGGACCACAACGGAUAUCUAAACAGGGACGAUUUUCUGUGUACUGCCCUGAGAUCAACGGUCAGGGCAGGUCUUGGUUCGGUCUCGUUAUCCUCCCUGCAGGAUGAGCAGAGGCUGAUGCUCAGUCUUUGGGAAGAAAUUGCCGACAUAGCGGAUCUCAACCAAGAUGGUAUUAUAACAGUUGAAGAAUUCAAACAAGCAGUACAAGCCACAUGUGUUGGUAAACAUUAUGAAGAAUUUCCACAGUCAAUGAAGGCAUUCAUCGAGUCCAAUUUCCGAGUAGUUGACCUGAAUGGCGAUGGUGUGAUAUCGGCUGACGAGUUUAGAUACGAUUGUGUUUUAAGAAUACCUGUUCUAGAAUUAGAUUCUAUAGAUGAAGCAUAUAACAACUUACUAGAAGAUGCCGAUAGAGUAAGAGGUGGUCUAACAUUAUCACGUUAUCAAGAGUUGUAUGCCAGAUUCAUUGGAGAUUAUUCAAAUGAAGCCCAAAACAGUUCUGUGUAUUUAUUUGGCCCAAUACCAGUUAUGGAAGACAAGAACAAAAACAAAAUCAAUCUGUUCGAUAUGAAACGUUUUGAGCAAAGCGUCUCCAGAGAAUUGAGGAGGUCCUAUCCUGACAGACGUAGAUUGGAGACAGCGUGCCUUAGCACAUUGGCAUUCGUUUUGGCACCGCCACCAGACCAAUUGGCAACACCAUUAUGGGUCCUGGUGGUCAAUGUGGUCGCUAUGGAUAUGUUGAAGACAAAGUUACCAAUGGUUUCCUCGCCCCAAGCAGAACCAGCAAUGCACCUGGACAUCCGCACCCGGCCUCGUAUUCCUGCACCAGACGAGGAUCCCUACAGUCAUCUGACAGCAGGCGGAGUAAACAACAGCAACAACAACAACCAUAACGGAAACGGCGUUUCAAACCAUCACGGACAGAUGUCACCACGAUCUGGCAACGACAACGGAUCCAGUUCCGGAGGAAGUUCACAAGGAGGUGGUAACGGCAGUGGUGCGCCGCCCGUUAUGAUGAGGCAGACGUCGUCAAAUGGUUAUGCAGGAUCGAGCACAUACUCCUCUGGAUACGUGGCAAGCACGCGCGAAUUGCUUUUGGCACAAAGACGUGGAGGAAAUGGUAUUUCUGGAGGAGCCAGAGACAGGCCUCCAGAGUUGCCACCACGGGAAAGAAAACGGGAUGGAGAAUCGUUACCAGAAAGAGACAUACCCAAGCCCGAUUACGAUGAUAUCGAAGAAGACGUUAGAAUACAACCAUAUCCAGUAUCCAGAGGAUCACACAAUACUGACAAAGGCAAAAAUAAUAAAAAAUACGGUAAGAUGAACAAAAUACAGAUUGUAAUUUACCAACAUUUACUUCCAGAUGACCCCUACUACUGCGGUCUUCGCGCCAGGGUCCCGAACUUCGUCAAAUCCACAAAACAAAGUUCAAAACAACAACAAGUAGCAACCGGCAAACACGGUCCUAGCAACGGCCUCAGCAACAAUAACAACAAACGUUACUCCAUGGCCGGAAUGGGAGGGCCAAGUGGCCACAUGGGCUACCACCAUCAACAAUACCCACCCGUGUGGCACGCCAGGAGCUACGAGAGCGGGAUAGAUUCAGAAAGCAUAAUGACGUCAGAAUCUCCAUACCAUCACAUAUACGGCAGACUGCCUUUGCCAAAUAGAGGUUAUUUAAUGCAAAGAGAAACACACAAUGCACGUAGUGGACUUUAUAUUGGAGAGUGGGAUUGA